CCUUCUUAAUCCCUCAGGCUCCUAUUCCAAAAUUUGUCCCGAAUGCUAACGAAGUUGACCGGGUUCCCAUAUAGCAUGCUGCCACUGGCAGUGAAUAGGCGAGCCCCCGGGCCGCGCGCGGAACACAGAAACACCUAUUCAACUGGUCUUGGUCUUGAUAGCCUCAGCCUGAGAAAUAUUACGUGGCCAACACGCGCUGGCUCCAGCCAGGUAAAUUGGUCAUAGUGUAUCGUCCACCCAAUCGGAAUAGUGAUGCCCCAGUGUCCUCUAAGCUCCUAAUGCAAUUUACUGGGCCGUUCCGGAUCGAAAAGAUCGUUAGAAGUGCAGUGCACCUCAAGAAUCUGGACGGCACACCAGCUGACACUCAAAAUGUGCGGAAUGUAUACCCAUAUAACCGUGAGAACGACCAUAUCCUUCAAGAUUUCGACCAUGCCUUAUUGGAUGAUGAUGAUAGAGACAAGUUUGAGGCUGGGGACAUGUGUAUUGUAGACCUGACUGAUGACGAUGGGACUCCAAACUGGGGAUUGGCCAAGAUUAGCGCAGUUAAACCCCAGAACCCCAAAGAGGAGUUCCAUCUCCAUUGGUUUGGGACCUACUCCAAAGCUAAGAGCCUCGCCAAGCGGGCUUAUGCCCCAGCGUACAUCGACAGCAGGGACGAUCUUGAGAUCUAUAAGUGGAAAAAGACAAAAACCUUAGAAGAAAUGACCAUGAGGGUCCACAGGUCCGAAUUGCGAUUCUACCCGUUCAGUUUGACGAAUAAGAACGAGAUUCCAGUGAAAAUCGUUAAGGAAUUGGUUACUGAUGGAUACGCGGUGAUGUUGAUUUCAACGGUAAAUUAGCUGAAGACCCGGCUUGAGUUCCAGGAAGGGGGGAG